CUCUCUCUAUAUGGGCACCAUCAUUGCUACGUCAGCAAUCUGAGCAACAUCGAUCAGGCUGCUUGAGAGAGAGGGAGGGAUGGAGAAGAAGAAAGCAAAGAAGACGACCCACGUCGGAGACGCCGCGAGGGACGGCGCCGACGCCCCUUGGGGGUGGCUGACCCACCGAGGGGUCGUCCCGACCUUCUCUUUCGUAUCCCUCUUUGGCCUCCUGGUCCGAGCCGCCGUGUCGCUCCACCCUUACUCCGGCGCUGGGACUCCUCCCAAGUAUGGCGACUUUGAAGCCCAGAGGCACUGGAUGGAGAUCACCAUCAACCUUUGGGCAAGGGACUGGUACGUCAAUGGCACCCUCAACGAUCUCAGCUACUGGGGCCUCGAUUACCCUCCCCUCACCGCCUACCAGAGCUACGUCCAUGGCCUCUUCCUCAAGCUCUUCGACCCUGACUCCGUCGCUCUCUUCUCUUCCAGGGGUUAUGAGACUUAUUUCAGUAAGCUGCUCAUGAGGUGGACGGUUUUGUCCUCUGAUGUGAUGGUGUUCUUCCCUGCUGUGUUUUGCUUCUGGAUUGUGUACAACCGUGGUAGGAGCCGAGGUGGCGAGAGAUGUGACACAGCUUGGCACAUAGCUAUGCUUCUGAUAAACCCGUGCUUGAUCUUAAUCGACCAUGGCCAUUUCCAGUAUAACUGUAUUAGCCUGGGACUUACUGUUGGAGCGGUUGCUGCUGUCCUCUCUCAGAAGGACCUCAUCGCUUGUGCUUUAUUCUCUCUUGCUCUGAAUCAUAAACAGAUGAGUGCAUACUUUGCGCCUGCUUUCUUCAGUCAUCUCUUAGGAAAGUGUCUCAGGCGGAAGAAUCCAUUUUUUGAGGUGUCAAGGCUGGGUUUGGUGGUUAUAGGAACAUUUGCAGUUGUUUGGUGGCCAUACCUUUACUCAUCAGACGCCCUUUUGCAGGUCCUCUCUCGCCUUGCUCCAUUUGAGAGGGGCAUAUAUGAGGAUUAUGUGGCUAACUUUUGGUGCGCCACAUCAGUUCUUAUUAAGUGGAAAAGGUUGUUUUUGACCCCUGAGCUCAAGCUUUUUAGCUUAAUUAUGACUGUGUCAACUUGCCUGCCUUCUAUGAUCCAUCAAAUAGCUUCCCCAAGCAGUCAAGGUUUCCUCUAUGGGUUACUGAACUGUUCGCUGUCCUUUUACUUGUUUUCAUUUCAAGUGCAUGAGAAGUCUAUUCUACUGCCGCUUCUGCCGGCCAGUUUGCUUGCUCUGGAUGAUCCUUCUCUUUACAAGUGGUUAACCCAUUAUGGAUUGCUCUCUAUGUUUCCUCUUAUGCGUCGUGACAGACUUCUACUUCCAUAUACGACCCUCAAUGCUCUCUACUUUCUUCUCCACCAUGUGCCCAGGGACAGGCGAGAUUCAGAGGUCACGAGUUCUUCUGCGGCUUACACAAUUUUGACCGCCUUUUCUGUUUGUUGCUAUUUUGGUCUUCAUUUAGUUUACUUAACCAUGCAUGCCCCUGAGAAGUACCCUUUCCUCUUUGAAGCUUUGAUUAUGAUAUUUUGCUUUUUCCAAUUUGCUCUGCUUGCAAUUUACACCAAUAAAAAACAAUGGACGUUGUCCAAGCAUUUGAUGUUGUUGAAUAAGGAAAAGAAGCUCAUCUGAUAU